GCGCGGUUACGUGUGGAUACCGAUCCUAAGUUAUCUUAUUGUGUACGGUUAAAUAAGGAUCGGCAAGCUGUACGCGUCUCAGGAAGACGACAUGUUGACGAUGGAGUCAGAUCUGAAGGGCGGCAGCUUGCACGCCACCGUCCCUUCGCAUCACACGCUACAGCACGGCUACGGCUCGCUGGGCGCCCUCGGCGGGAUGAUGUCGCUGCCGCAGCAGCAGAAUCUGUCACAGCACCAGGCGCUGCAGCACCACCAGCACCAGGCCAUGCAGGCGCAGCACCACUCGCAGACCCAGCAGCAGCAUCACCAGCCGCCGAACAACAACAACAACACGACCACAAAAAACCCAAACGCGGAGCGGGUGAAGCGGCCGAUGAACGCUUUCAUGGUGUGGUCCCGGGGCCAGCGCAGGAAAAUGGCAUCGGAUAACCCGAAAAUGCACAACUCGGAGAUUUCGAAGCGUCUCGGUGCGCAGUGGAAGGACUUAUCCGAGUCCGAGAAGCGGCCCUUCAUCGACGAGGCCAAACGGUUACGUGCAGUGCACAUGAAGGAGCACCCCGACUACAAGUACAGGCCGCGAAGGAAGACAAAGACCCUAGCUAAGAAACAGGAGAAAUAUCCUCUGACCGGAGGUGGAUUGAUGGGCGCCUCCGAGGCGCAGCGAGCGGUCGCUCCCUCGGCUCAGCAGCCUCGCGACGUGUACCAGAUGGCCAACCCCUACGUUCCCAACGGCUACGUGAUGCACGACCCCAACGCCUACCAGCAGCAGUCGCCGUACGGCUACCGGUACGACAUGCAGCAGAUGCAGCAGAACAGCUACGGCAGCGGCUACUACAGUGGCGGGCAGCCCUCGCCCUUCAUGCCACAGUCGCCGUCGCCGUCGACGUACGGCAUGGGCCAGACGUCGCCCGGCGGGUACGCGAUGCCGGUGCCGUGCGCUUCCAACUCACCCAGCGACUCGUCCGCCAAGUCGGAGGCGGUGAGCCCGGGCCCGGUUCUGAAGCGAGAGUACGGGCACGAGCAGGCGACGCAGCUGAAGCGCGAGUACCCGGCGCACAUGGGCCACCCGCACGAGAUGGCCAUGAAGCGCGAGUACGUGCAGCCCGAACUUAACCAGAUCAUCAACCUGUACCACCUCCCCGACGAGCAGCAGCGGUACGCGGCGGGCGAGCGGCUGUCGUCGCUCAUAUGAGACUCGCCGUUCGCGUGCGACAUCGACAUCCCGCCGCUCUGAGCUGGCGGGUCGCGCGCUGGACUUGUAUAGUGUUAUCGGUCGCCGCGGCCGGACAGCCGGGUACGUCCGUUUUGUUUUGUACCGCACCGCGGCCCGCCGGCCCCGCCGGCUCCGCCGCGCGGCGCCGUCGGCCGCCGUUGUUGAACUUGUACAUAUGUAUUAUUGUAUUUUUCUAAUGUUUAAGUUAAUCGUAAUUGUAUGGCCGUAAGUGAGAUUGUAUCGCGUGCACGACGACAAAGUGAGCGUAUGCGGAGUAUCGAGAUACCAAAAAGUACAUUCGACCGAAAUGUAAAUAUAGAGUAAACAGAGGGAGCGAGCCUCCGCCGUAGAUAGGGUAAGAUGUGCCACGGGCCUCGUGGCGUGUUGGCGUGUUGUACAAAAUAUUUGUUAUAUCGAAUCGAAAGUUAUAAAAUUCCCGAAAGACUUAUCUAUUCUCGUGAAAGCGUGUACAGUGAGUGUUAAUAGUCAGUGGACACAAAUUAUAUUGAAGUGAUUGAAAGAUAUAAAUAAACGAGGCGUUAAUUGUAAACUUUGUUUUCUUGUUUAACGAUAUCCGAACGAUGAAUCCCAUGUUGACUUUGAUACGUGAAAAUUGCCUUCUAUUAAUUGUUUUACCAAAGAAUAAAAAAAAUUAAGAUGAAA